GAAAACAUAACCCGUUCAUCUAAAUCUGGUGGAGGUGCCAGUCAUCCCUCCCUCUGCUCGAGACUAUCCUGCUCUCACUUUCAUCAACAUCUCGCUGCGCGCAGCACGUGCCGGUUACGCACUCUCUCCGUCCACACCACCGAGCUUCUCGGACUCUACGAUAUGAUACACGGACUUUUGGGACAGUGUUGAAAUGACCGAACCUCGGGCACGACUUUGAGUCCAUCUCUCACGGACCGGCUGCGCUCCUCCCCAAAGAACCAGAAUGAGUUUCGCGCUCCGGAGGGGGAAUACCGGGCAUGUCGUUUACUUCUAAACGGUUCUGCUGUGUGCUUAGACAAUAUAUGUCAGGAAACCUCCAGUAAUGGGAUGCGUUGGGCUUUUUUGUGCCGCUGGAUGUGUUCCAAAACUUUUGAGUUAUUAAUUCGCACGUUAGUGUCUCACCAUGAAGUGCUCAUCGUCCAGUUACGAUUUAAGAUGAAAAUUGAGCUGAAAUAUUCAUAUCAAUGUAAAAACAGGUCUUUAUCGGACUGUGAUUAUAGUGACCUUAACUGAAUAGUAAUAACACGUGGACGCGAUCUGUGAGGCUUUUCAACUGUUUCACCUGAGUAAGCCACGUUUAUUCACGUAGGUUGUUAGAAUGAACAUUUCGUCUUUUAAAGGGAUUAAAUGUUUAAUUAGUAAUUAAGUUAAAUGUCCUAAUACGUUAUUUUAUUAUUUUGUUGAUUAAAAAAAUAUUUUUUGUUUGGAAGUGAUUAUUUAGAGUAAGUUUUGGUGUAUAUUAAAGAUCAUUUUUAACCGGUAUUCACAGUUUUCUAAUUGAUCAGUUAUCGGUUUAUUAACAUCGAGCCCACCGAUAAAUUCUAGUAGUACUCUAAAAUAAGCAUUCAUUUUUAUGGUUAUUUGCAGAAAUUAUUUAACUUUGUAUGUAACAGAUGUUCUUUCAUAAGUGGAGUGUCAAUAUAUUUUGUUUGUCAAGAUUAGAUUCGAAUUUAAAUUUUAAUGGUUAUCUUUGCAACCAAACUGCUUAAGGAAAUGUAUUAUUAUUAAUAAUAAUACAAAAUCACAGCAUGAAUUAUUAUUAAUCAUGCGUCAAUAUUAAUUAUAUUAUUAAUAAUACUGUUGUGUUUUUAUUGUAGUUGAUAACUAUUUUGCUAUCAUUGUGUUCAGAAUUUAUCAGAAUUUAAAAAACAAACAGUUGUGCAAAUCAGCUAUAGGACAUUUAAACAAAUACAAAUAAUUGUUAUCGGUCAUUAGGAAAAAACAAAUAAUAUCGGUCAAUCUCUACUGUAUAUGGUGCACUAGUUUGCGUGUGUAAGCACAAAAAUGUUGGGUAGCCCUUCAAAUAAUGGAGGCAUUAGGAUGCUGGCCCCCCCUGCACCCAAUGAUGACAGGCGGGUUGAGUUUGUGGCUCUCGGAGCUGUUCACACUGAAAGAAGCGAGCCGUCGAGCCCGGAGCGCGGACACCCAUCUCACCGCACCGGCUUACUGGGCACACCGCUGCCAGUGCCACCGGGCCCAAGGGCGACCCCUUCUGCCUCCAGCAAAAGCUACAGAAAGUUACAGAACUACCUGUACAAUGUGCUCGAGAGACCCAGAGGAUGGGCAUUUAUCUAUCAUGCCUUCAUUUUUCUCCUAGUGUUCAGCUGUCUGGUGCUUUCUGUUUUCUCCACCAUUCCAGACCAUCAUAAAUUUGCCAACGAGGCGCUCUUCAUCCUGGAGUUUGUGAUGAUCGUGGUUUUUGGGCUGGAGUACUUUGUGAGGAUCUGGGCGGCCGGAUGCUGCUGCCGGUACAGAGGAUGGCAGGGUCGGCUACGGUUCGCCAGAAAGCCCUUCUGUGUCAUAGACUUCAUUGUCUUGGUGGCAUCACUGGCAGUGAUAGCAGCGGGCACACAGGGAAAUAUCUUCGCCACAUCUGCUCUGCGCAGCAUGCGGUUUCUGCAGAUCUUACGCAUGGUGCGCAUGGACCGCCGGGGAGGAACCUGGAAGCUACUGGGCUCUGUGGUGUACGCUCACAGCAAGGAGCUGAUCACAGCCUGGUACAUUGGCUUCCUGGUGCUGAUCUUUGCCUCAUUCUUGGUCUAUUUGGCUGAGAAGGAGGAUAACCAAGAAUUUUCCACUUAUGCUGACUCCCUCUGGUGGGGAACAAUCACCCUCACUACGAUCGGAUACGGAGACAAGACACCGCGUACCUGGCAAGGUCGGCUUUUAGCGGCUUGUUUUGCUCUGCUAGGAGUAUCUUUCUUUGCCCUGCCAGCUGGCAUCCUGGGCUCAGGUUUUGCUCUCAAAGUGCAGGAGCAGCACCGGCAGAAACACUUUGAGAAGAGGAGGACACCCGCUGCCAACCUCAUACAGGCUGCAUGGCGUCUCUACUCUACAGAUGCUCAGCACUCAUAUCUCACAGCCACCUGGUAUUUCUAUGACAGUAUGCUGCCGUCCUUCAGAGAACUGACAUUACUGUUCAGUCACCUCCAACGGCAGCGUAGCACCAAGAAGGUUCUUCACAACUCCUACCACACCCUGCUGUCGGGGCUCCGGCCGUAUAGCUCCCCCUACCUGUCCGGGGACAGUGGGAAGAUUGGCUUCCGUGAUCGAAUUAGGAUGAACAAUUCACGCUCCUCUCAGGCUAUCCGGAGCAAGGCUUCUCCUUUGCCCCCAGGUAAUGUGCGGCGCUCUCCCAGCACGGAGAACAUUCCAGAAGCCACCAGCCCCGGCAAGGUCCAGAAAAGCUGGAGCUUCAAUGAUCGGACUCGAUUCCGUACUUCUCUCCGCCUAAAACCACGUCCAGCUGCAGAUGUUGAGGGAGUCGGAGAAGAGCACACAGAGGACAAAUCUUACUGUGAUGUCGCCAUGGAUGAUGUGAUUCCAGCAGUGAAAACCCUAAUUCGAGCUGUUAGGAUCCUUAAAUUCCUUGUGGCCAAGAGGAAAUUUAAAGAAACCCUGCGACCAUAUGAUGUAAAAGAUGUGAUUGAGCAGUACUCAGCAGGACACCUCGAUAUGCUGGGCAGAAUCAAAAGCCUGCAGACAAGGGUGGAUCAGAUCAUUGGCCGUGGUGCUAUUCCAUCAGAUAAAAAAGUGAGGCCUGAAAAAGGGGAGAAAACUCCUCCUGAACUGGAACAGAUGGAUGAAUUAAGCAUGAUGGGACGUGUGGUGAAAGUGGAAAAGCAGGUGCAAUCAAUCGAAAACAAGCUGGACCUGCUCUUGAACUUCUACACCCAGUGCCUGAAAAAGGGCUCAUCCCACUUCACUCUGUCAUCCCUGCUGGAACCUGACUUGACCUCUGACUACCACAGUCCCACUGAUCAACACGACCUGUUCCCCUCUGCAAACACCCUUAAUAUCUCCCACUCAGACAGUGGUAACAUGGAAUGACCCCCAGAAACACCUGGCACCAGUCCCACUCUGACUGUAGCAUCAGGGCCACUCAUCCAACGGCUAAAUACCUCCCUAAACUAACCUAGCACAGUUCCUCUAAACAACUGCUGUUUCCUUGCAUGGGUUCAUCCUUUGCAUAGAGGAUGGUGGCUUCUUGUCAAACUUCCAGACUUUUCCUUGCAGACUAUGCCCUGAUGUUUCACAAUAUCUGUUUUUUUACAUGCCUGUAGUAACAGUCUUUCUUCUUUUUAUUUUAUUUGAACUGAUUCAGGAAAGUUUUAGAGAAAUAUUCUCACAUGGAUGAAUAUAUUAUUGAAGUUUUGUUGAACAUUUGGACUUCUUUCAGUACAUGUCAGAGUCUUAUCUGAAGUGGUCUUCCAAAAUAUGAUGGGAAGAAUCUCUUGACUGCUUGAUGGUAAUUCUUUCCGGAGGUCUUUGUGCCAAUAUCGUUUCUUGCUUUUAUUGAAUUUUUGAUAAUCAAUAGGCCCCAAGAGCAAUUCUAUUUUUCUGUCUGUAAUUUUUUUCUAAGAAGUCAGGGCACUGUGAACUGAAUUAGAUUUUUGGACUCUCCUUCUCGGCCUUGACCUUACACUUUGGCCUGAUGCAAUAGACUCCUUGUGCCACAAGAAGUCGUUGAGCUUCUAAUGAAUGUACUGCAUCAAGUACUUUUCCUUUAUUUAUCACUACCAUGUCCCUCUAUGAAAAUGGCAUCACAGAUUGCUGUAAAGAACAGCAUGAUGGACUGACAGAACAUGUUUCCACCAAAGCAUCAUCUCCUGUCAUUUUGAUCUUGCAUGGUUCUUCUUGAGACUUCAGGAAGGAAGGAACUUCCAAAUGUUAGACCCUCAGGUUUCCUUCCACACAUCGCAGAGUCUAUUUGGCUUAUUGGGUCCUUCUCUUCUGCGAUAGCACCCUGCCACUGUACCAUUGCUCAGAAGCCCACUGUGCAAAAAAAAAAAAAAAUAUUCAGAUAAAUAAUAGCCAGCAUUAAAAUGCAUGUAUAUA